AUGGUGGACGGGUGCAGCACAAGCGCAAGCGGUUUGGCCCUGUGCGCCGCUGCUCUUGUGCUUGUCAUUGUCUCUUGUUGGACGACGGCGCAAAGGUGGAACGGAGGUCGGAAGGUGGGGCCGAGGACGUGGCCCCUCAUUGGCGCAGCCAUUGAGCAACUAGCCAACUACGACCGGAUGCACGACUGGCUGGCGGAGUACCUGUCCAACUCCCCAUCCAUUUUUGUGCCCAUGCCUUUCGCCUCCUACACCUACACCACCCACCCUUCCAACGUCGAGCAUAUUCUCAAGACCAACUUUCACAACUACCCUAAGGGCGACAAGUACCACUCAUGCAUGGAGGUGCUACUCGGGGACGGCAUAUUCAACAGCGAUGGGGAGAUGUGGAGAAAGCAGAGGAAGACAGCAAGCUUUGAGUUCGCCUCCAGGAACUUGAGAGACUUCAGUACCACUGUUUUCAGAGAAUAUGCACUGAAACUUUCUCAUAUUUUGUGCUUACUUUCCAAAAACAAUCAGCAGAUAGAUGUACAGGAAUUGCUGAUGAGGAUGACGUUAGAUUCAAUUGGUAAGGUUGGUUUUGGGACGGAUAUAAAUACAUUAUCUCCCCAGCUCCCCGACAAUGAAUUUGCUCGAGCCUUUGACGCUGCAAAUACCAUAGUCACUAUGCGCUUCCUCGACCCUUUGUGGAGGAUCAAACGCUUCUUUCAGGUCGGCUCGGAAGCCUUGUUGAACCAAAGCAUCAAAUUCUUAGAUGACUUCACAUAUGCAAUGAUCAGAAAAAGAAAAGCAGAGAUCGAGGAAGCUCGUGCAAAUGGCAUGAAGUACAAGAUAAAGCAUGACAUCUUGUCAAGAUUCAUAGAGUUGGGUGAGGAAUCAGACAGCAGACUGACGGAGAAAACACUGAGGGACAUAGUUCUGAACUUUGUCAUUGCCGGCCGUGACACGACGGCUACAACACUCUCAUGGUUUAUCUACAUGAUGAUAAAAAAUCCACAGGCUGCAAAUAAAGUGCGCAAGGAACUGGAAGGACUUGAAGAAGAAAAGAUGAAAGAGAAGAAUAAGGAAGCGUCGGUAAUCAUAACCGACCAUGAUGACGUAAAGUCAUUCACUGAAAGGAUAUCACGGUUUGCUGAAUUUCUAACCUACGAUUCACUUGGAAAGCUACUGUAUUUGCACGCAGCCAUCUCCGAGACACUUCGGCUCUACCCUGCAGUUCCUCAGGAUCCCAAAGGCAUACUGAAAGACGAUAUUCUUCCUGACGGAACUAAAGUAAGAGCUGGAGAGAUGGUGACCUAUGUGCCUUACUCCAUGGGGAGGAUGGAGUACCUAUGGGGCCAUGACGCUGCAGAAUUCAAACCAGAAAGAUGGAUCAAAGACGGAGUCCUGCAACAAGUUUCUCCGUUCAAGUUCACCGCCUUUCAGGGUGGUCCAAGAGUGUGCUUGGGAAAAGACUCCGCAUUUUUGCAGAUGAAGAUGACACUGGCCAUUCUCUGCAGAUUUUUCGACUUCAACCUUGUUCCGAACCAUCCGGUCCGUUACAGGUUGAUGACUAUUCUUUCCAUGGCCCACGGCUUAAAAGUUACGGUCUCCAGGCGACUUUGAAGGCACCAUGUCCACCUAUAUUAAUGCCCAUACAAGUUGUUCCCUCUCUCUCUCUU